AAGGGGAAAAUGUUAUUAGCCAUUUCCACAACAUGACGGUAUUUCGCUGAUAUCUGCUGCAAAUAAGCAGGGAGCUAACGAGAUAUUACGUGCAGGGUAAAGACGGUUUAAGAAGAUAUUCUUGUCAAAUUAGGCGAGACGGUGAAGCGGAUCAAACAUGUUCGCGGCAACGAGUGACAACCGCCGUGACGCCCCUGAAAGCGAGGCGAAGCAGCCUCAGACCACUGCAACAACUGAAUACUGCGCAAAGUUACAGCAGUGGAUGUGGCAGUAUUACUGGGGGAAUGGAUACGAAGCCAACUGGCAGAGCUGGCUGGCUCUGUCAGCAUUUCCCUUCCCUCUUCCGUGCGGAAUCCCUCCGCCUGGGGCCGUAGCUCAGACACCGGGUACACCUGCAUCGUCCUCCGGCGGUGGGCAGCAGGCUUUUGACACGCUCAACCGGUACAAUUACCCCUAUCCUCUCAGUUUCCAUCCAUCCCACCCUCAUCCAGAAGGGCAGACCUCAGCUACUGUUACUGAUGCCCGGCCAGCCCAGCAGCAGAAUGGGAAUCCACCUCAGGCAGGACGGGAGUACACCAUCCCCUCUCCUCUCCAGAGGUUCCUAGCUGAGACAGUGGACUUCUUGAUACUGUUUUGUGUGAAGGCCACCAUCGUGCUGUGGAUCAUUCAUCUGAGUGGUAUGAAGGACGUUGCCACAUUCAUUACCCACUUCAUUGUGGAGGAGAUAGAUGAGAACACGUCCAUGGAGGACCUGCAGAAGAUGAUGGCUGUAGCUCUGGUCUACAGGGUGCUAGUUUGUCUCUAUGAGACCAUCUGUAUUUGGGGAGCUGGUGGUGCUACACCAGGGAAGUUCCUGCUCGGCCUGCGUGUGGUGGCGUGUGACACAUCCACUCUGGUCCGACCCAACCGAGUCCUUAUAGUCCCAGCUUCUAAUGUUCCCCUUUCUGCCUCUACAGUGCGGGCUCUUAAUAAGAACUUCUCCAUUGCCUUCCUCUUUCCCGUCUUCAUCACUCUGCUCUUCUUCCAGCACAACAGGACUGUGUAUGACAUUGUGGCAGGGACCAUUGUUGUCCAGCGCAGAGGGGGCAGAUAGCCUCUCCUCAGGCAGCAGACUCUUUUACUGUAUACUUGACAAAGUAACGUCAAAGCGCUACAGACCUGUGUGCGCUAACUGUCUUAAAUUUAAACUAACGUUGGAAAAAAAGCAACGCAUUGGCCCAUUUCUUCACUGGAUCAAACGAGGACUUAAACUGCAAAUGAUGUCAGGCUUGUUUGUAUCCAUUCUUUGGGCCUAUGGAUUUUAAGAUGAAGAAUUGUUUUGUUUUAGUUUAUUUUUGUGUUUGAAAUAACGAUAACUUUUCUCCCUGGUGAAUGAGGUUCACACAAGAGAAAUUGUGUUUGUGAAUUUCCUGCUCAUAUUUUCUGUCUUCAGGCUUGUGACUCAGGGCAACUGUUUUGCAUCACAGAACCACUGAUUGUCUGAACGACACUAUUGAAUGCCACUGCUCAUGUUAGGUUUGAACUCAUGCAUAAUGUAAAACUCUUCUGGGAUCAAAGAUUAUUAAUGAUGUAUUCACAUGUUCUAAUGUUGGCUUAGCAGUCAAUUUUAUAGUUUACUUAAGUCCCCUGUAUGGCCACUUAAUAAGAUACCGAUUUAUGCAAAAAGUCCAUAUUUGAUUCAUGGCCUCAAGUAUCAAUGUCUUCACAUUUGAAACACAAAUUAAUUCAAACAUUUUAAUGAAACUAACCAUUUUUUUUACAUACUGUAACACAUUUUGAUAAAUAAAACAACCACCUGCUUAUCUUGCAUUUACAAAAUGACCGUGAUUACCACUAAGGAGUUAGCUGUAGAAGAUGAAAUAAAAGAUACCAUAUAAGCUU